CUGACGUUCUUGAGGAUUAAAUCUCUAUAAACCCGACACACUCACGCCGCGUCUCUGUGUGUGUGUGUGUGUGUGUGUGUGUGUGUGUGUGUGUGUGUGGCUAUGUAGAGCUGUGAGCGCGCGCGGAGAUGCCGAAACACAGCCCGGUUCCGUCCGUUUUCUGCGGUGAGCCACGGAGGUUCGACCCCACAUUCAGGGGCCCUGUUUAUAACAGAAGCUGCACAGAUGUGAUCUGCUGCGUGAUCUUCAUCAUCGUCAUCCUCGGCUACAUAGCGCUCGGUACUGUAGCCUGGAUACAUGGAGACCCCAGGAAAGUCAUCCAUCCUACUGACAGCUCAGGAGACUUCUGUGGACAGAAAGGCACAGCCAAUGCUAAGAAUCCAAUCCUGUUCUACUUCAACAUCCUGAAAUGUGCAAAUCCUGCAGUUUUGGUGAACCUGCAAUGUCCCACCACUCAGAUGUGCGUGUCGACGUGCCCGGAUCGCUUCGCCACCUACACGGAGGUGCAGCUCCAACACACCUUGAACAGGAGCCAUUGGGAUUACUACAGGCAGUUCUGCAGGCCGGGAUUCAACAAUCCUAAAAAGCCUGUGGCUCAUGUCAUGCGUGAUGAAGACUGUCCUUCAGUGAUUGUGCCCAGCAGACCAUUUUUCCAGAGGUGCCUUCCAGACUUUAUCACGAGGAAUGGCACGCUCAUGGUGGCCAACAGAACGGCUUUCAAGGACGCCCUCGAUGCUGCGAGGAGUGUGAGUGAACUCAGAGAUGCAGCCGAUGGUAUAACGGCUCUGCUGGAGGCUAAGCAGCUCGGCAUUAAGAUCGUGGAGGACUACGCUAACUCCUGGGCCUGGAUUCUAAUAGUGUUAAUCCUAGCUCUAGUCAUCAGUCUGAUCUUCAUCCUGCUCCUUCGCUUCACCGCCGGCUUCCUGAUCUGGUUCACCAUCACAGCUGUCAUUCUGCUCAUAGCCUACGGAAUCUGCCGUUGUUACUGGGAGUUUGCACUUCUGAGAGAGACUCCCGAAGUAGAUGUCAGCAUCUCAGACAUCGGCAUACAUUCAAACUUGCACGUCUACCUGCAGCUCAGCCAGACGUGGCUCCUCUUCUUGGUGUCUCUGGUUUUAACCGAAGCGGUCAUAGUAUUAAUGCUGGUCUUCCUGAGGAAGAGAGUGUGCAUCGCCAUCGCCCUGCUCCAAGAGGGCAGCAAGGCAAUAAGUUACAUCACGUCUGCUUUAUUCUACCCGAUCAUCACCUUCAUGAUGCUGGCGGUGUGUAUCGCUUACUGGGCCGUUACGGCUGUUUUUCUGGCAUCAUCCGGUGAAGCUGUGUACAAAGUGAUGUCAUCGCAGCCCAACUGCCAGCACGCCAACCUCACCUGCAGGCCGGAAACAUUUAACAGGACAAACAUCACUAAGCAGUGUCCAGGUGCUCAGUGUCUCUUUGCGUUCUAUGGGGGCGAGAGCGUGUAUCACCGUUAUAUCAUCAUCCUGCAGCUGUGCAAUCUGCUCAUCUUCCUCUGGCUGGUUAAUUUCACCAUGGCUCUGGGGCAGUGUACGCUCGCCGGAGCCUUCGCUUCCUACUACUGGGCCAAGAGGAAACCUGAAGAUAUCCCAUCCUGCCCUGUUUUCUUCUCUUUUUUACGAGCUAUACGGUAUCACACAGGGUCUCUCGCUUUCGGCUCGCUGAUCCUGGCUUGCGUUCAGUUCGUCCGGAUUGUACUGGAAUAUCUGGACCACAAGCUUAAAGGAGCUCAUAACACUUUUGCUCGCUUCCUGCUCUGCUGUUUAAAAUGCUGCUUUUGGUGCCUGGAGCGUUUUAUUCGCUACAUGAACCGGAACGCAUACAUUAUGAUAGCAGUCUAUGGGAAGAGUUUCUGCACGUCGGCUCGGGAAGCCUUUUUUUUAUUAAUGAGGAAUGUCGUGAGGGUCACAGUGCUGGACAGGAUGACACACUUCCUGCUCUUCUUAGGGAAAAUACUAAUUACGGCGAGUGUCGGUGCUAUAGCUUUCUUCUUCUUCACACACAAGAUCCCUGUGGUUCAGGAUGAGGUUCCAGUCCUCAAUAAUUACUGGGUUCCUCUGAUGACAAUUGUGUUUGGCUCAUUCCUGAUCGCACAUGGCUUCUUCAGCGUCUAUGCAAUGUGUGUGGACACGCUGUUCCUGUGUUUCUGUGAGGAUCUGGAGAGGAACGACGGCACGCCAGCGAAGCCUUUCCUCAUGUCUCCCAGUCUGCGCAGGAUUCGGAAGCGUGGACCAGAGCCCUCGGAAAUCUCGAGCAGCGGCGCAUCAGUGCAGCGUCAGAAAUUAGCUUUACUCCUCCUGCAUGCUGUAACUCCAUCCUCCAACGCCGGCUGCUCCGCUCUGCUCCGUCCCGUACUGUAACUCCACUCCGAUGCACUAAGACUGAGACACACACACGGAGCAUUUACUUCCACCAGAGGAGACUGAAGGUGCACACACACACACACACACACACACACACACACACACACACACACACACAGGUACUGUCCAACUGCCUUAUUCAAACAUAUCCUACCAUUUACGGGACUUGCUGUGACAUCCAGAAUGAUCUCAAGACAUGGUCAAAAGUUUGUGGACACCUGAGUGUAACAUUGGUAUGUGUUUUUUGAACAUUCCCAUUUCACAUUUAGUCUCCAUUUGCUGCUAUAAUAAAAAAAAUAUCAAACAUAUUUUAGGAAGAUGCUCCACUACAAUUUUUCUGGAGGUUUGUGUGAGAUUUCCUUCAGGUUGUAAAGUCAGAUAGUGAUGUAGCUGAGGUGGACAGCAGGAGAUCUUCCACUGCAACCCAUCUAAAGCAGAUCUUCAUGGAGCUGGCUUUGUGCACAGGAGUAUUGUCAGGGUGAAACACGUUCGGGUCUCCUAGUUUAAAAGAAGGGAGAAUUUCAUCCUCCAGCAUCCGGAGAUGUCCUACACAAUUGUGUGCGUCCAAGUUUGUGGGAACAGAUUGUAUAAAAUUCAAAGCACACUCCCAAAUCGAGUGGAACAUCUUCCCAGAAGGUUAUUAUGACAGCAAAUAUGAACUUAAUGUGGAAUGAGAUGUUAAAAAAAGCACAUAGCAAUCAAUCAAUUGUCCAUAUAGUGUAACUUCAUACGUCUUUAGAUCUGAGAGAAGAUUUUACUAAGAAAAUCUAAGAAUGAGAACUUGAUAGAAUAAAAAUGAAGUGUUUAAAUUCAGUAGUAUUUGAGGAAAAUGCAGAUGUUUCUGAAUAGAGCUGAAGUGCAGUCAUGAAGAACUAUUUUCUAGCUCCGUUUAGCGCCUUACUGUCUGGAUGAUGUUUCAGCUGGUGGCCACCAGACGGCGCUGUGGUGUAGAUUUUGUUGUUUUUAGCAAAUGAUGCCCUGAAUCAUCUUUUUUUUUUUUUUUUACUUUAAUUAGAGAAUUUCUUUCAUUGUUUCAUUUCUAGUCAGUAAAACCGAACAUUCGUGGACCCUGUAAAAGGUUUUUAGCCUAUAAUUUGAGAAUGAAGUGCAUUGUGAGCAAUUUGAGACACAGCCCUAGAGAUCACCCAAUGGUCCAAUCCACAUGGUUUAAAACAACUCCUGAAAUAUGCAGGAAAUAAAUGGGAAAUUAACAGGAAAUAUAUGGAAGAUUGGCAUGAAAUUAAUAAUAAAUAAGCAGGAAAUGAAUGGGAAAUAAAUUGUCUCUACAAGGAUGUCAAAGCCAUUUGGGUUCCUUUGUUUCUGGAGGUUUAGGGUUUAAGUGCAACACUUUGUAAAUGAUUUUUUAUGUAUGUAUUUAUUGGAACAGGAACAAGAUGAAUUUGUAUCUGUUUUUUUACUGCAAGAAAAAAUCAGGAAUGUGAUUUUUUUUCUUUCAAAUAAAAAAAACAUUAGAAUAUAAA